AUGGCACUGCACAGGCCCCUGCCAUCACACACAUUCAGAUGGCGGCCGAGUUUCUGGGCAAUACCGGUGAUCCUCUUCACCGUUGUAUUACUCUUCCAGGAUGUCAUAUACCAGACAUGGGCGCUUGUGUCGCUCAAGGUGCACUGGCGCGCCAACGCCGCCGACUUCAUCCUCUCGGCCGAGCGCGACGACUUUGACGUGACAUUUUCGAAUUACACUCGCGACCAAUUGAGCGCAGGCGAGCCGUUCCAGGAUGUCGUUCCUCCCGUGCUGCACCACAUCGCGCUGGGCACCAGGAGACAAGACUGGCGCCCAGAGUGGGAAGAGGCGCUGCAGAGCUGUGUCGACUUGCAUCCCGGCUGGCAGACGCGACUGUGGACGGACGACGACGCCGCUGCCUUGGUCGAGGGCAAAUUCCCCGAGCUCAUGGACAUGUGGCACAGUUACCCGUACCCGAUAGAACGCAUCGACGCCCUGCGAUACAUGAUUCUGUACGAAAUGGGCGGAGCCAUUCUCGACCUCGACAUGCGAUGCAGACGGGCUCUCGGACCGCUGAGGCGCUUCGGCUUCGUCGCACCAGAGGCUCACCCCACGGGCUUUUCCAUCAGCUUCCUCAUGGCCAGUAGACACAAUCCCUUUAUCGGCACCAUUCUCGACAACCUGCCGGCCUACAACAAGCGGUGGUUCGGGCUGCCUUACGCCGCCGUCAUGUUCAGCACGGGCGGCCACUUCGCCUCCGUCCUGCACGCGCUGCAGCCGAAUCGGAGAGACUACAAGAUCCUGCCGGGUCCCCUUCACAGCCUCAACGGCAGAGUCGUGACGCCCCUCUUUGAGCACCUCGGCAGUUCUUCGUGGCACUCGUACGAUGCCCGCCUCAUCAACCACCUGGGCCACGCCCGCCUGAUGCCAGUCUUCUUUGGACUAGGCAUUGUGAUGACUCUGUACGUCCAGAGGCGCGUCAUCAUCCGCCGCUUGCGCUUAUGA